CGCUGCGCAUAAAAGCGGAACAAUUUUGCUAGAUCAUUCAAACGGCUGGGUAUGCGUCUGUUGUGAAAUUUUGCGGAAAUAGGUUGUGAAGUUUGGAAGUCAUCCCUGUACCAUUUGAGUAUUUCAUGCAUACACCUUGAUGAGUUGUUGAGUUUGGGAGACUGACUGCCUGCCGCCAUGGCCUACCUCGUGAAGAGGUUCAGUGACUUCCUGGGUAUAUCUGACCCUGAAUAUGUCAGAGCGCCGCCCCUCGAUGGAGAGAUCAUCUUCUGCAAGAACAAUGUGUGCGUGCAUCCGCCCUCCAUGCUCUCAACCACCGUGGAGCACCAUCCGGGAUACUUGACGAUCCGCGCCCAGAGGGUUUCCGAGCGGCAGACGUCCCUCGUGCUCACAUGGAUCCCAAACAAAUCCUUGAAUCAGAGAAAACGCUCCAGCUGCAGCACCAGCAGUCCCGUCAGAGUGACCUAUGUGGACAUCCGCAAGCAGAUUGCGAUGAUUAAUGAAGCACACCUGGACAAUGUCAGUGGUGAUAGUCUGAGUAUUUUGUCCAAGGAGGAAGAGGCAGGGAUGGAGAAUACCGGUUCAGAGAAGUUAAAGGAGUCUGGCCGUAACGGAAGUCCUCAAGGGUCGAUUCAGAGCUUUCAGGACUCUGGUAUUGGGGAAGGGGAACGCCCGAAAGUGGGCAGAGACGGUGGUGUUAAUGGUGCAACAGGGAGUGACUCGUGCAGUAGAAAUGAGAUAGAUAAUAAGACAGUUGAAGGAGACCACAAGGUGGAAGAGUCUUCUGAAAGUGAUGAGAUUUCAUCAGAUCAGAGGCUCGCUGCUAUGCUAAACAGUCCAGGGGGUAACCACAGCCCUGUGGGACGGCCCGUUAACUUGGAGCUACAGACAAAGAUGAAGGUUUACCCACCUAAGGAUGAUGAAGACAAGGACAGUGUCAGCAGUUCUGAUUCAGAUGACUCUGAGACCUUUAACAACAUCCUGGAACGCCUCUCAAACGAUGUCCUUCCGAGGCAGAUGUCCCGCCGGUCUAGCUCUACAACUCCCACCACCUCCAACCAGGACCCGUUCUCCUUGCCUUCCACCCCUAGCCCUGAAGAGAGCUUUGAUCCCUUCGUCCCUCUCUACAGCCUCCACAGCAGUUCCACCUGCAGCCCUGAGUUCCACCCGUCUCCCAUCGCCACCCACAACAUGACCUUCCCUGAGAACUCUGUAUGCUACCGAGGCAAGGUCAUCUGUCCUGGUUCCCCUGCCAGCGCUCCAGCCAGGGACCAAGUCUGUGGGGUCUUCUCGGUGGACCUGUGCCAGAUGAGGUCCUUGAGGAUCUUCUUUGCGGAUGAAGAAUGCACGAGCGGUCAGAUGGUCAUCGCUAGUCGGGAGAGUCAGUACAAGAUACUGCACUUCCACCAUGGUGGUCUGGAUAAGAUGACAGAAGUCUUUGAUCAUUGGAAGAACUGCAUCAAACUUCACAAUCAGUCCCUAGACAACGAUGAUGGUACCGGCCAUUACCUGCGGAAGUUCAACAUCAUCCAAUCGAGUAUGAAGCCAGAGGAUUGUCAUCCAGAGGAAGGACUCUUUAGUGAGCUCAGUGAGGAACUCUGGUGGAACUACAUCAACGAUAAGGGCCAGAUUGAGGACAUCUUCAGAUUACGAAAGGUCGUGUUCUUCGGUGGGGUCGACGAGUAUCUACGGAGAGAUGUCUGGCCGUUCCUCCUGGGAUUCUUUGCUUUUGAUUCGACGACGGAGGAGAGAAACGCCCUCAGGGGUCAGAAGAGACUGGAAUACGAGGAUAUUCAAAAGGAGAGGCUUGAGAUGACAGAAGAGCAAAACAAGUUGUUUUAUCGCAAUGUUCAGAGCAUAGUGGACAAGGAUGUAGUGAGAACUGACCGUACUCACCCGUACUUCAAAGGAGAGAACAACCCUAAUGUAGACAUCAUGAGGAACAUCUUGGUGAACUUUGCGACCUACCAGCCCUCAACAGGGUACAGCCAGGGUAUGUCUGAUCUACUAGCCCCUAUCUUGGCUGAGCUUCAGGAUGAGUCAGAUGCUUUCUGGUGCUUUGACAGCCUCAUGAAGAACGUCAUCUUUGUCAGCUCCCCCAAGGAUGAAGACAUGGAGAUGCAACUGACCUAUCUUUUGGAGCUGAUCAAGUUGAUGUUGCCUGAGUUCUGGGACCAUCUCAUUCAGAUUGAUGAUGCCAUGGAACUCCUCUUCUGCCACAGAUGGAUCUUGCUCUGCUUCAAGCGUGAGUUCUCUGAGCCUGAGGCGCUGAGGAUGUGGGAGUCCUGCUGGGCUCACUACCAGACCGAUUACUUCCAUCUCUUCAUCUGUCUUGCUAUCAUCGCUAUCUAUGGAGACGACGUCGUCCAGCAGACGCUCCCGGCAGACGACAUGCUCCUUCACUUCAGCAACCUCGCCAUGCAGAUGAAUGGGGAUAUUGUACUCAAGAAGGCGAGAAGUCUGCUCCACAAGUUCCGGACCCUAGUGCGCCUCCCCUGCACUUUGGACAAGCUUUGCCGGACGUGUGAGCCCGGCAUGUGGGACAGCGGACACUCUCCGGUGGUCGAGUGCGUUGGCAUCCACGAGGCUGGAUACAGCUGCCCGCACAUCAGGUGAAAAAAAUUAGCAUUUGUCAAAUCAUACAAAGAUUAUUUGAAACUCUUUAUUGACCCAGGACUGCCGCUUUGCUUGGAGUGUGCUAUACCUGUACACUGUAUGUGUGCCAACAGUUGACUGUGGCAAUCCACUGGCUGUUCCAUUUGUCAAAGAGAGCAGGUAAAGCGUUAAAGGGUUAUUUCAGAUUUGAUCCAUUCCACUGAACCAUUUCCCUUUUUCUCUUUUUAGACAGCUUUUAUGCCCUUGUCCAUCCUUUCAUUCAUGGUACAUGUAGAUACAAAACUGACUGCCUUAUUAGAAGACUCGUAAAGAGAUGUUUCUUUCUGUCCUUUUCAAUCAUGAUGGAUCCAAAAUAACCCUUUGAAUGCCGCCAUAAGUUUUUAUUAGAAGAAGAUUCAGAGAGAUGCAUGGUAGUGAAUAAAUAGUGGAUAUUGAAUGGAUUAAAUGCAUGAAAUCAACUCAACUGCCUUACAAAUACAACCCCAUGGGUAUAGGCUUUCAAUACAUGUACCAAACUGGGCUGAAAAAUGAAACAUCUUUUGGAACCGCCCUUUGCAUUACAUAACUAAUCCUAUCUCUCUAAUUAUUGACGAGAAAUGUGUUGUGGACGUUCAAAUACAAGUUUAAAAAGUGGUAUAUCUUGGUUUCUGGGUUUCUAGAAGAUUUCUAGCAAUUCUGCCUUUAUUUUCAAAACUUGCUGAAUCUAUUAUAGAAGAAAAGCAAAAA